AUGACUAAUCAACUGGAUGCUCAAUUACUUUCUGAAUACCGCGACUCAUUUUCAUUGUUUGAUAAAAAUGGAGAUGGUGUCAUUGAUUCUUCUGAACUUGGUCAAGUGAUGCGUUCUUUAGGCCAUAGUCCUAGUGCUGAAGAACUCAAGGAUAUGAUUGAUGACUUAGACUCUGAUCAUAAUGGUUAUGUUGACUUUAACGAGUUCUUGGUGUUGAUGUCUAGAGUCAAAGGUUCAGAAGAAACAGAGAAUGACCUUAUUGAUGCAUUCAAGGUCUUUGAUAAAGACAAAGAUGGCUAUAUUACACAUGAUGAACUUCGCUCUGUGAUGAGUCAAUUAGGUGAUGUGUGUCAACAUUUGUCUCAAGAAGAAUUAGAUCAAAUGAUCUAUGAAGCAGAUGUUGAUGGUGAUGGAAGAAUCAAUUACAAAGAAUUCGGUAAAAUGAUGACUGCAAAAUAA